UGAAAGAGCCCCAGGUGUGGAAGAGUUUGGUGGCUAAGGACCAGCGGGAGCCCCUCUGGCUGUGCAUUGGGUGUAGGGAGAGUAGUUUGAGAUGGGCUAGAGAAUGGGUAGAUGGGCCUGGGGCCGCGAUGAGAGGUUUGGAUUUUGUUCCAGCGUCGUGGGAAGCCACUGGAGGCUUUAACAUGAGAGUGACAUCAUCCGAUUUAUGCUUUUAAAAGAUUACACUGACAGCUGUGUUCCUUCCUCUCACCAUUAAAUCGCCAGGGUCUAGCACUGCUCUUGGCCCAUGGUGAGUGUUCAAAAUAUGUGUUGAAUGAAUGCAUGCUCCUGACUUCCUGUGUGACCUGGAGGUAGUCACUUCUCUCUCUAGACCUUAGUUUCCUCCCUGAGACAGUCGGUGGGAAUUUCACGUCAGAGUUGGUGGGCGGGAUUGGAUAUAGGUUCCCGCCUCCCCAAGCGGCCCCUAGACCCAGUGCCUCACCUCAGGAAGGGAACUAGGGGGGCCGUCUUUACUUCGCGAAGCCCUAACAAACUCGCGGCGGCCCCGCCCCGCUCAGGACCGUGGUCCGAGGGAUGCUGCAGCCUCGGGGGCGGGGCCCGCAGGAGAUCGCCGGUGCCCCCCGCGCGGAUUGGGUGCAGUCGUGGCCGGCGCCGCGCGAUUGGUCAGUCCAGAGGCAGGGGCGGAGCCCGGGUCCCGCAGCCGGGCGGCGGGGGGAAGCGGCCAGAGCCCGGGAAGCUGCUGCGGGGGCGAUGGCCGCACCGAGCCCGGGGCUCCGGGAGGUUCUGGCUACCUCCCCAGAGGCUGGAGUCAGAGCAGCCACCUCCAGCUCAGUUCGCCGUGGCCUCCUCUGGCGUCUCCGAGACAAGCAGUCACGCUUAGGCCUGUUUGAGAUUGGCCCCGGGCAUGAGCUGCACCAGCUGACGUGUAUGAUGCAGGCAGGGCUGUGGUCUGCCACCCAGGUCUCCGUGGACCACCCACCCAUGGGGGCGCCCACUGAGGAGGAUUUCUCCGAGGUCCUGACCCAGGUUCAUGAGGGCUUCGAGCUGGGCACCCUGGCAGGCCCGGCCUUCGCCUGGCUGCGCCGCUCACUGGGCCUAGCCGACGAGGACUAUCAGGCUGCGCUGGGCUCCGGCGGGCCCUUCUUGCAGUUCCUCAGCACAUCCAAGAGCAAGGCCAGCUUCUUCCUGUCGCACGACCAACGCUUCUUCCUGAAGACCCAGCGGCGCCGGGAGGUGCGGGCGCUGCUCGCCCACCUGCCCCGCUACACGCAGCACCUGCAGCGGUACCCGCACUCGCUGUUAGCGCGGUUGCUGGGAGUGCACAGCCUGCAGGUGGCCAGGGGAAAGAAGAUAUACUUCAUCAUCAUGCAGAGCGUCUUCUAUCCCACCGGACGCAUCUCUGAGAGGUAUGACAUCAAGGGCUGCGAGGUGAGCCGGUGGGUGGACCCGACCCCUGAAGGCAGCCCCCUUGUGCUGGUGCUGAAGGACCUCAACUUCCAGGGCAAGACCAUCGACCUGGGGCCCCAGCGGAGCUGGCUCCUCCACCAGAUGGAACUGGAUACCACCUUCCUCCGGGAGCUCAACGUGCUGGACUACAGCCUCCUGAUGGCCUUCCAGCGUCUCCAUGAGGACGAGAAGGGCCUAGGCAGCAGCCUCAUCUUCCGCACAGCCAGGUCUGUGCGAGGGGUGCAGAGCCCGGAGGAGCCGGGAGCCCAGAACCGACGACUGCUGCCCGACGCCCCCAACGCGCUCCACAUUCUAGACGGACCGGAGCAACGCUAUUUCCUGGGCCUCGUGGACCUCGCCACGGUCUACGGGCUCCGCAAGCGUCUGGAACACCUAUGGAAGACGCUGCGCUACCCGGGCCGGACCUUCUCCACAGUUAGCCCGGCCCGCUACGCCCGUCGCCUCUGCCAGUGGGUGGAGGCGCACACGGAGUGACAGGCGCCGGGCUGCGCUCUCCCCAUCUGGACCAUGGCGCCAGCCGGGAACGCUGGGUCCAGCCUGGUCAGGGCGGCGGGUCGGGCUCCCAUCGCCUGCUGUUCCCCCGGUUGGCCUCCAGAGGGCAGAUCCCCUAACUAAAACUAUGACAGCACAGCCUCAUUUCACGGGAGAUGCUGUGCCUGGCAUUGUAUCAAGUAUCCCCUACAUUAGCUCAUUUAAUCCUAAAAAAAUGCUAUUAUUCUCUCUUUACAGACCAUGAAAUGGAGGCUCAGGGGGUGAAGGGACUGAGCAAGAUCAUUCAGCAAUAAAUGCUGGAACCAGGACUCAACUAUGCCUUUUGGACUCAGCCUGUGUUCUUACCCACCAGCUCCCUCUGUCCUGUCCUCACGCUCUGGGGAAGUGGGGAGGCCCAAGGCUCCAGUCCAGUCCCCUUACCAUGCAGAUGGGGGAGCUGAGGCUCAGAGACUUUCAGGGGCUUUUGCACAGGGAACUCCAGCCCAGCCUCUGACCCUGGUCCAGUCCCACCAUGCCUAAGUGGGCCUUUCCUCUAGAGCUGCUCUGGGGCCUAACUGUAUGACCAAGGCAAGGUGCUAAACCUCUCUGUGCUUCAAUGGUCUCAUCUGUAAAAUGGGAAGGACGAAAAUGGACCUCAUUAACUCAUUAAAUAUAUAUUGAGCACCUG